CUGAUUGCAGAUCAGCGGAAUUACAUCUGUGAGUUCUGCGGCCGCGCCUUCAAAACUGACAAGAACUUGGUGGUACACAGGAGGAUUCACACGGGAGAGAAGCCCCUGCAGUGUGAGAUCUGUGGGUUUACCUGCCGACAGAAAGCCUCCCUGAAUUGGCACAUGAAGAAACAUGACGCUGAGGCCGGCUACCAGUUCUCCUGCGACGUCUGUGGCAAGAGGUUUGAGAAGAAGGACAACGUCUCCGCGCACAAGAGCAAGAGCCACCCCGAGGUGCUGCUGUCCAGCGUGGCCGGGCUGACCGGCCUGGAGGAGGGUGGCGCCUACAGUGAGGGGCCCAGCCUCGUCCCCGAGACACCGUCUGCUCACCCCGGGCCCCUGGAGACCGAGGGCUGGGCGCGGCUGGACCAAGGCAGCUGUCUGGAGGGUGGGAUCCGCCUGGAGGUGUGGACCCGCCUGGAGCAGGGCUCGGGUCACCUGGGGCCCGGGAGGGGCCUGGAAGAUGGGGAGAGCCACCUGGCCGCUGAGGAACCUUAAGGCCCCCUCCCCCCUCACCCUCCCUGAGACGUCUGGGUCACGGGGCGCUCCCCUUCCCCCAACAACCUCCUGGCUUCCUGUCAGAGGGUGUUUCCUAUUCCACCCUCCUCCUCCUCCUCCCCUCAGAGUGUGAGGGGAGGGGAGGAUCCACACUUCGACGAGGAGUGGGUCCGGAGGGCAGGUGGAAAAAGGGGCUCCCUUUCCCCACCCUUCCUGUCCCGAGAGGAACUGGCGAAAGGCAGGUGUGGUCUUGCCUCUGGGUAGCCCCAGAGAGGUGUGGCUUACCUGGUUCCUCCUCUCUCCCCUCCCCCCGACUCCAAGGGGCUGGAGGGAGGGAGGCCCAGGCCUCCUCGUCUCCCCUCCAACUUUACCCCCCCACCCACC